UAAUCAAAUAAUCAUAAUCAGGAGCCGAAGGGCUAUGAUUGGGAAGUUGAUUUUUUCCGGUCAUCAUUAACCAAUCGAUUCUUUUAAUAUCAGGCCUUGAUUUUGAUCACUCAAAUUGAUAAUAUUGACAAAUAAGAUGAAGUAAAAAAAAAGUAACAACAAUCAAUCGAUUGAUGUUACUCUAAAAGAUCAACAAAUUGGUCAAAUGUUUCACAUUGAAAAACUACCUGAUGAUUGUUUAUCCUCCAUUUUUGAAUCUAUUACAAAUCUAGAUGAUUUAAUUGUUUGUUCAAAAGUUUGUCAACGCUGGAGGUUCCUGAUUGUUCAGAGAUUGAAUAAGGUGAAAUAUUUAAGUGACGACAGUAGUAUUGGCUGUUUCAAGAAUUCAAUUUACUUCAAUAAACUUGAUUCACUGAGUCAAAGUCAAUUGUUAGGACUAUUGCCCAGAUUUAAGAUUCUUGACAUUCGUCCCACAAACGAAACUAAAUUUAAAUCUAUUGACAUAUUCAAAGUAAUUGAAGGCAUUAAAUCAGUGAAAGGAUUAAUAUAUGAACCAUGUUGGGAUAAAUUCCCAUGUUCGAUAUCAAGAGUACUGACCAUGAAUCUCGAGCAACUUUAUUUCGCUGAUUGUUUCCAGAAUCAUUUCGAGGAGAUUGCAAAUUCUGGUUAUUUGAAAAAUCUCCAAAGACUUCAUAUUGGAAGUCGCAAUUUUUCAAUUAGUUCAUAUGAUGGACCAGUAUUGGAGAGUAUAAAAAUUUUGGAGGCUUGUUUAUAUUCAUAUGAUGCCACUAAUCCUUAUCCUGGAUUUCAUUUCAUGGAUUUAUGUCCAUCCGUUGAAAGUGCUCAUCAUUUAAUCAAGCCGAAAAAACUAUCGAUCAACCAAACAAUCAAAAAUAAUUCACUGAGAAAUUUAGUUCUGGAUCAUCCGGAAAAUUAUGUAUCAGAUAAUUGGACUGAUUUGCGAAACUUGUUAAUCAAGUAUCCGAAAUUGAAAAAUCUCGCAAUUAGAGGCGAUUAUGGGCUUGAUGAUUCUAAUUUGACGGAAUUACUUGACCUUAUACCCGAAAUUGUUAUUCUUGAUCUUCGCCAGUCAACCAGAUUAUCGGAAAAAUCGAAAGAUAUUGUUAAUCGAUAUUGUCAAAGGAAGAAUAGAGAAAUUUGGUUCUACAAUAGGCCCGAUCAACGUAUCGAACACGAUUGGCCUGAACUUGCAUCUCAAACUAAUCAACGAAUCUGUCAAGGGUUCGAUUUCAUGAGAAAUUGUUUUCUUAAAACAUUUCAACAACUUCCUUAUCUUAUUGAUCCAAUCGAAGAUGAUUAAUUGUUGUAUUAAAACAAAACGAAAUAUUGAUUAAGAUGAAGAUAAUUCUAGAAAUUGGUAACUUGAUCACAAUUCUGUUCUGUAAUCAACUAUUGAUUUAAUGAUAAUUAAAAAGAGGAUCAUUGAACAACAAA